AGCAUAUUGCUAGAAUAUUAUUACUCGACCAAUCGCACACACAACAUGCCAAAUAUGCUAUUCCUAUCCUAUCCUAGCAACGGUACUCUUUAAAGCCCAAAAUCAUCGAUGUUUACAACGAAACCACAAAGCCACAGCAGGUUUUCUUGUUCCAUUGUUAGCGCCACUCACACAUACUAGGGGAGAGAUGGAAGGAGAUGGAGAGGCGAAGAAAGAGGUGAACAUGUCACAGUUGGCUGGCGUUCAGUUUCUUCUCAACAAUGAAGGAAAGGAAGUACCUCUGUCCUCCAUUGAAGGGAAGACGACCUGCCUCUUCUUCUCAGCUCACUGGUGCAGGCCAUGCAGGAGCUUCACCCCAAAUCUUGUCCAGAUCUACACAGCGCUCCGGAACACCGGCAAGAAUAUUGAAAUAAUCUUCAUAUCACUGGACCAUGACGAGGCAAGCUUCUGGGAUCACUUCAAAGGCAUGUCGUGGCUUGCGUUACCAUUUGACACUGGCUUAAGUCAAAAGUUGUGUGCGCACUUUGGCAUUGAGCAUAUCCCCGCAUUGAUCCCUUUGUCAGCAACACCAUCCAGUGGGGUGGGAUUUGAAGAGGAUGCAGUGAGGCUGGUUGACGAGUAUGGAGAAGAUGCAUACCCCUUCAGUGCACAGAGGAGAAGGGAGCUGGAGGCCAUGGAUGAUGCCAGGAGAAAAGGAGGUAAGCUUCAGGAGCUUCUUGGCUGCAAGGAGAGAGACUAUGUCAUAAGUGCAGAUGACAUAAAGAUUCCUAUAGCUGACCUUACUGGCAAGACAGUCGGCCUGUAUUUUGGAGCACAUUGGUGCCCACCUUGCCAUGUAUUCACCAAACAACUCAAGGAGGUGUAUAAUGAGCUGAAAAUCUUGAGACCUGAAAGCUUCGAGGUCAUCUUCAUUUCUAUAGACCGCAAUAAGGGGGAAUUCCAAGCAAGCAUGAGUUCAAUGCCAUGGCUUGCCAUCCCUUAUUCUGACACUGCCAGGCAAAAGCUUACAAGAAUCUUCGCUGUCAAGGGCAUCCCAGGACUCCUGAUACUUGGUUUGGAUGGUAAAGUUCUAAAAACAGAUGGCAGGACAGCAAUAUCAACUUAUGGUGCAACAGCAUUCCCAUUCACGGAAUCUAGAGUUUCUGAAGUGGAUGAAGCCCUCAGAAAGGAAGGAGACAAGCUGCCUCGCCAAGUGAAUGAUCCAAAACACAGACACGUGCUUGAGUUGGACAUGGCUAAGGCCUAUGUUUGUGAUGAAUGCCAGAAGAAGGGGAGGUAUUGGGUGUUCUCCUGUAAGCAGUGCAACUUUGAUCUUCAUCCCUCUUGUGUAUUAGAAAAUAAAAUAGACAUCAUCUAAGAUAUGUAUAUAUAUAUAGUUAAAGGUAUGAAGUUCUAUCAUCAAAAUGGACUGGCAAAUGUUUCUAUUGUACUCUAAACUCUACGGGACUCAAUGAAAGUAAUGGGCAAGACUCUUAGUUCCUUGAAUGCCAUAUCAACUUGGUAUAAAAGGAUGGA